AUGUCCGCUGCCGGAGGUGCCCCGGCGAUCAAGCCUCUAUGGUAUAAGGAGAUCGAGCCCCAAAACGCAAAGGGCACCAUCAUAUUCAUCCAUGGCCUCUUUUCUUCCAGCAAGGAGUGGGACGCCGUCACGUCCUUCGUGCCGGACUAUCAUCUCAUCGUAGUCGACCUGCCUGGCCACACUCACUCCAAGCACGUUCCCUGGAGCCUCGACAAUGCCGUUGAAGCCAUACACAGGAUUGUGACCGAAAAGGAUCUCCUUGGCAAGGUCCAUAUCGUCGGCUUGUCGCUGGGAGGAUUUGUCACCCUUAGCUUUGCACGCCGUUACCCUGGCGGCGCGAAGUCGAUCGUCGUGUCUGGUGCAACGCCUCUGCGAGGAUGGUCGAGGUGGUUCACCGAGCGGUCCACCAUGGUGUACUACAUGAACUGGCCCAUCAUGAAGGGCCCGGACUGGUUUUAUUGGUGGCUGUGUCGUCUUUCCGGCAUCCCGAGGCACGACGAACUGCGCGCCGAGAUCAAGCAGAACUUCAGCUACGAGCUGACGGUGAGCGGCCUUGGCUGUCUCCUGGACGUGCAGCUCGACGACCUCAGAGAGAUCGAGCGCACCAGGGUCGCUCUCUUUUCAGGCGGCAAGCACGACGACUUCGAAAACGCGCGGGCAAUGGCGAGGAUCAUCCGUCAGCGCUGCGAGGAAAGUAAGGCGUUUGUGGUCAGAAAGGCCAUUCACGCAUGGGACAUCCAAUAUCCCGACCUGUUUGCGAACGGCGUCGUCGCUUGGAUAGAGGGACGGACCUUGCCGACGGACUUUGAGGAGCUGACCUGA